CAUGGAACAGGAGAAUCAGACACAGGUGACAGAGUUCAUUUUCCUGGGCUUCUCCAGCCUGCCCCAUGGCCAGGCCUUCCUCUUCCUGGUGUUUCUAGAGCUCUACCUCGUCACCCUGGUGGGGAAUUCCAUGAUAUUCACCCUCAUCCAGCUGGAUUCCCAUCUUCACAGCCCCAUGUACUUUUUCCUCAGCCACUUAUCCUGCUUGGAUAUUUGCUUCUCGUCAGUCACAGUCCCCAAGAUCCUGGUGAACUUCCUGCGUGAGCAGGAGACCAUCUCCUACUGCGAGUGCAUGGUCCAGAUGUUCUUCCUGAUGUCAUGCGCGGGAGCCGAGUGCGCACUCCUAGCCGUCAUGGCCUAUGACCGGUACGCAGCCAUCUGCAACCCCCUGCGCUACACUGACAUCAUGAGCCGGAAGGUGUGCUUCCCACUCGCCAUGGGGUCCUGGCUCUGGGGUCUCCUGGACUCAGCCAUACACACCUUCAUGGCCUCCAGCUUAUCCUUCUGUGACGCCAACCAGCUUCCCCACCUCUUCUGUGAUGUCCCUCCCCUGCUGAAGAUCACCUGCAGUGACACCUAUGUCAAUGAGGUCACACUCCAUCUGGCUAGUAUCUUCGUGGGCCUGAGCCCAUUUCUGCUCAUCAUCAUCUCCUACCUCUACAUCCUGGCAGCCAUCCUCAGGAUCCGCUCCAACAGAGGAAGGCGCAAGGCCUUCUCCACCUGCGCCGCACACCUGAUCAUGGUCACCAUAUACUUUGGGAUGGCCAACCUCAACUACAAUCUCCCCAGUGCAGGCUACUCCAUGGGGGUGGACACCCUGGUCUCCACACUGUACUGCAUCGUCAACCCCAUGCUGAACCCCCUCAUCUACAGCCUCCACAACCAGGAAAUGAAGGGGGCCCUGAGGAAGGCUCUAGGGAGCCAGAGGAGGGAAUAUUCUUCCCCAGGCAGGCAGUGAGGUCCCGGCUGAGGUGAGAGCUGGGAGGUGACUCCUGCUCUGCUCUGACUGUAAUGGCUCCUCUUCACUUCCAAGGGAAAUGGCUUGUUAGACUUGGCAGCUGUGUAAGGAGCCAGGGUAUGGGGCAGAGGGACUCCUUUCACAGCUACCAUUGUUAGCAAGGCUCUCUGCCAUGUCUCUGAAGCUAAAUGGCUCGACCUAUGUCCUGCACAAAGCCCCUAGAUUCUGCAAAACUGAUGUAGUAGACAGGAGCCGCUAGAGUAGCAUCAGAUCAAUAAAAGCCGUCAUGUGAAAUAGUUCAAUCAGCAAAAAUCCCCUCUCCUCCCACACACACACAUUAUUGAUUAUCAUAAUAUUCAAGUUAUUUUAGGCUGCUCCAUAAUUUUCAGAUUUCAAGGUACUGCAGAGAUUUGUAUUGAAAAUGCAGAACUACAUUGUGGGAGCUGGGUGUCUGAGCCACAAGGGAGGCAGUUUGGGAUGGGGAUAAACACAUUCACUGGGUUUCCAUACAACCAUAAAAGCUAGAAACAUAAUUGUUCAAAUGUUGGUAUUCUGGGCAGCAGGGGCUGGGCUAUUGCAGGGCAGGCAUGAUCGUUUCACACUUUUUGCAGGGUGAGGCAGCAUCACCGAUCACUCCCUUUCCCUCCCCUCCUCUCCCUGGCAGAUGGGUGCUGGAAGGGUGCUUCCCUCUGCAGGGCAUCCAGGGCGGGAAGAGGAAUGGGGAGGAGGGGUUGGGGGAGUAGAGCCUAGGAAGCUUCCUCCAUGAGAGACCUCCCAACUCCUAGCGCUCCCCUGACACCACUUCCUCCCUGGCUAGCUGCCAACAGGGUGCACCCCGUAGCUGUUUCUGGAAAGAAUGUUUAUGUAACCUGGGGGUGGGUUUGCCCCUCGGCACCAGCUGCGUUACAGGCGCCUCCCCCGCAUCUACAACAAUUUUCAUAGAUCCCAUUUGAUUGACUGUAUUUGCACUCCCCUGCCCCAGAAGAACAGACGUGCUCCCGCAUCACUGGGCCCUGUCCGCCAGAGCCUCUAGAGAAGCGGUAGUGAAACAUUAAACUGUAUUACACUGUUCAGCCACUAGGUGACAACCUAAAAAGAAAGGAGUAUUUGUGGCACCUUAGAGACUAACAAAUUUAUCUGAGCAUAAGCUUUUGUGAGCUACAGCUCACUUCAUGGGAUGCAACACCCUGUAUCAAAUAUUUUCUAAGCUAACCUGUCACUGCAUUGACUGAGCUCAUGAUGAGCAGAUCUGGAGUGCCUCUGGUACAGAUGCAAGCUCUGCAGCCCGUCCGUACCUGGUACAGGAACAUGACAGAUUGGGACACCAUGCAGACAACACAAGAAAUAAAUAGCAAAUGUUUCCAAGAGCCCAGACGUUCCUGAGGAGAGGGGACAGGACAAAUUACUGCAGAGAAACUGCUCCAAAAUAAAUCACACAAUUGCCUUCCUGUGGUGGGCUGUGUCUUUACAGAGUGCUGGUAGCUCUGUGCUAGCUGGCGCGGUGCCCAAGAACGAACAGGGACCUUAUGCUACUCCCAAGGGGCUUGAGUCAUCCAUAUCUGUGAAGCUCCCGGAGACCCUCAGCUAAGAGGUGCUGGCACAAGUGGACUGAGCGCUGAUAGCCAAGGGCUUUGCUGCUUGUUGCUGAAGCUGUCAUUCAUGUGCUGUGAUUUGUUUACAGCUUAGACUGUGCUACGUAGCUGCUCAACUGUUAUUAAACAGACCCGGGGUUGGGUUAUUACUACUCUGAUGGUAUUUAAAUGGCUCUAAAGUAGUAGUUAGCAAAUCCUAGCCUCGGGAUUGUGGUCUGGCUCAGCAGCUGCCAGGAGGUGGUUGGUGUGAGGUACCUGAGUCUGUUUGCUCUUUAACAGAGGGGCUUGUAUUGGAUUUCUCUUGUAUACGUUAAAAAGAAAUUGGACACACAUUACCCCUACCCUACUCCAGUUCAGUCCGUUCCCUGCACCCUGUUGUACAGUAGGCUUGGGGCAAGCUGUGUGAGUUGCCCAGAUCUCUCUCAUGUAACAGGCCAACCCCAGGGUGGGCAUAC